GGGCAACCUUGGGAUUCGAUUUUCCUUUCAUCGCGCCUUGUCUUUCUUCAAAUAUCUUCAUCUGUUGUUGUUUUCCUCUUACUGCGUCGUCUGAAUAUUCCUUAAUGUCUAAAGUUUGAUAGAAGACUCCAGCGAUGAUGUUGCCCGCACGGCUAUUAUGCUUUGUUUACAUCUUCAUCACCAGCACGAGCGCACAGUCGAGCGACAGCCUGCUUCUCCUCUCAGGAUCUUCACUUACGGGGCCGAUCACGGGAUCAUCUGAAGCUAUAUCUCCCACAGGAAGCUAUGCAUCGUAUUCUUCCACGAUAACGGCGUCUACGACGAGCAUAUCGGAUGGAGUUCCUGUUGUAGGGACCGGGACCGUGAACGUGACCUCCUACAUCUCACUCUCCUCCCAAAUCAUCCUCCAAGGCUCUUCAACGACGAAUGUCACCAAUGCCACUCAAACAAUCAUCUCACCUCAACCUACGAACAAAACACCAUGCAACAACUAUCCCGAGUUCUGCUCCAGGCAAUAUAGCAACAUAACCGAAGUCUCCGCCCACAACUCCCCCUUCGUCAUCCCCAACAAUGUAGCCUCUAACCAACACUGGCCCGUCACUACGCAACUGAAUGAUGGAAUUCGGCUCUUGCAAGCCCAAAUGCACUUCGUGAAUGGAACCCCCCACUUCUGCCACACGUCGUGCUCUCUCCUAGACGCCGGACCCAUCACCACCUGGCUGACACAAGUCUACGAAUGGGUUGCCACGCACCCGUACGAUGUCGUAACAUUAAUCCUCGAAAACGGCGACUAUGCACCCGUAACCAGCUACGUGCCCUUUAUCGAGUCCACAGGACUCACAAAAUACACCUACAUCCCUCCCAAGAUCCCGAUGUCCCUCGAGGACUGGCCAACUCUGGAGACAAUGAUCCUGACCGGCAAACGAGUAGUCCUAUUCAUGGACUACAACGCAAACCAAGUCGCCGUGCCCUGGAUCCUCGAUGAAUUCAGUCAGCUCUGGGAAACGCCCUUCGACCAAACGGACCGCACAUUCCCCUGCACUCCCCAACGGCCACCAAACCUCUCCCCAGAACAAGCGAAAAGCCGGAUGUACAUGACGAACCACAACCUCAACUACGAGAUCGACCUCCUCGGAAACGCUAUUCUCGUACCGUAUAUUCCGUAUUUGAAGUUUACGAAUAAUAUCACUGGGCCCGGGAGUUUAGGGGGGAAUGUCGAGAAUUGUACGAAGGAGUGGGGCUUCCCGCCGAAGUUUCUGGAUGUGGAUUUUUAUGAUGUGGGGAAUGGGAGUGUGUUUGAGGUGGCGGCGAGGGCGAAUGGGGUGGUUUAUAAUAGGACUUGUUGUGGUGCUGUGAAGAGCUGGGGCGAGAGGGAAAGGAUACCAGGAAGUUUUAUUUGGCAGGUUGGAGCAGCCGCGCUUGUUGCUUUGCUGAUGAUGCUAUGAAAGGUUUGGGCGAGUUUGGAGUUAUACGGAAGGUCAAGCGUUUCGAAAGGAGUUCUGGAAGUGGAACAGGAUGUCAAGAGAGAGCUGAUCGAAUCUUUUGAAUAUGUACCACAUGUCUAAUGCUAUCUACCCCUCAGCCAACAUGGCAGCAACA